ACACGUAUUUUUAUACGCUUUCAUUAUCGAUGUCAAACUUACUUGAUAAUUGGUUACAGCGAGUCCGAACUCAACAACUCCUCUCUAUACCCAGAAGUUAGAUCUGUUGAUAGCAAGUUACCUGAUCAAUAUUUUACAAUGACGCCAUCUAUUGGCGUUGCUGAGUUUUACAAAAACAAAACAAUAUUCGUCACCGGGGGUACUGGUUUCUUGGGGAAAGUUUUGGUGGAGAAGCUGCUGCGAUGCUGUCCAGAUUUAAAGAGGAUAUAUUUAUUAAUGCGACCAAAGAAAGGGCUGAACGUUAACGAGAGAAUCGAUGAUUACUUCAACUGUAGGGUUUUCGAAAUCAUUCAUGAGAAAUCACCUAAGAUUUUCGACAAGGUCACUGUAAUUCCUGGAGACAUUCUCCAACAUAACCUUGGCAUCUCUAUUGAAGAUUGGGAAAAAUUACAGCGCGAAACUGAGAUUGUGUUCCACUGUGCUGCCUGCGUUAGAUUUGAUAUGCCUAUCCGUGAUGCUGUAAACUUGAACACUCUGGGCACUGACAGGGUUUUGAAGCUAGCUGAUGAUAUGGAGAAGCUGGAGGUGUUCCUCCACGUGUCUACAUCAUACUGUCGAAGCGAUUUACAAAAGUUGGGAGAGCGUCUAUAUCCAGCUAAGCAUAGACCACAGGAUAUCAUAGACAUCGUCAAAUGGAUGGACGACGAGCUUCUGGCACUCAUACAGCCAAAAUUAAUUGAGCCACAACCGAACACGUAUUCUUACACGAAAUCAUUAAGUGAAGACCUCGUUGCUCAAAAAGCGGGGAAGUACCCCAUUGUGAUAGCAAGGCCAUCUAUUGUGACUGCCGCCGAAAAGGAACCUCUACCAGGUUGGGUGGACAAUAUGAAUGGACCCACGGGACUUUUAGUGGGUUGCGGAAAAGGCGUUAUACGCACCAUGCAUUGUCAUGCGUCGUACCAAGCAGAUGCCGUUCCCGUUGAUUACGUGGCGAACGCUUGCGUUCUUCUGGGAUACCUCACAGCUAUCGACAAACCAAAAGAGAUCAGGGUUUGUAACAUCACGCAAUCCGACCAAAAUCCUAUCACAUGGGACGAAGCCAUUAAUCUGGGUCGUGUCCACUUGCACGAGUAUCCAUCCUCCGUCUGUCUGUGGUAUCCCGGCGGAUCGACCAAGAACUCCAAACUUCACCAUAUGAUAGCAUCGUUCUUCUUUCACCUCCUGCCAGCGUAUUUCAUUGAUCUACUCAUGCUUCUGAUGGGAAAGAAGACAUUCAUGGUGAAAGUGCAAAAACGCGUGAGUUACGGCAUGAAUGUGCUUGAAUACUACACAACAAACGAGUGGUUUUUCGAAAAUGAUUUCUACAAAUCUCUGAAAACAAGAAUAUCAAAGCAGGAUAACGAAGUUUUUUACACGGAUUUUUCGACAUUCAAUUGGAGCGAUUACAUGCGGAAAUACAUGAAGGGAGCCAGAGAAUUUUGUUGUAAAGAGGACCCUAGUACUCUACCCCAAGCGAGGAAACUUCUAAAUCGGUUGUACUGGUUGGAUAAGUUCAUGAAGUUCCUCUUGCUCUCUCUUUUCGCUUACUUCAUGUACAACAGUGUAGCGAAGAAGAUUAUGCUGUAAUGUUUAAAAAUACGUCAUAUUUUCUUGUAUUUUUUCAUAUAUAUAUAUUGUAUGUCUCCUGUCAGCGACUAUGAUGAAAUGGACAAUAUUUGAUUUGUUUAUCAGCUAUAAAGAAUUGAUACACGAAUUAAAAUUGAAUAUUAUAUGUAACGAGUAGAUUUGUAUAAAGUUAAUAAAAAUGUUCUUAUAUAUAAAUGUUUACAUAUAACUUUAUAUUAUAUCUUAAUCAGAUUAUUAUAAUUUCAGCUAUUAAAAUAUUUUACUCGU